UCUCUUUCUCUCUCUACGUUUCUCUAUCUCUCUCUCCCUGCCCCUCGCGCCCUCCUUCUCUGAGCUCGGAUCACGUAGAUCGCCUGGAUUUCGUGGAUUGCUUCUCCGCCAACUUUCAGUAAUCUGCGAAAAUGCCUCUCAGACUUGAAAUUAAGAGGAAACUUGCUCAGAGAUCAGAGAGAGUAAAAUCUGUGGAUCUACAUCCAACGGAACCAUGGAUUUUGGCGAGUUUGUAUUCUGGAACUGUUUGCAUCUGGAAUUACCAAUCACAGACCAUGGCUAAGUCUUUUGAGGUCACUGAGCUACCAGUUAGGUCAGCCAAAUUUAUAGCACGCAAGCAAUGGGUUGUAGCUGGAGCUGAUGACAUGUAUAUUCGUGUAUACAAUUAUAACACAAUGGAUAAGGUUAAAGUCUAUGAGGCGCACACAGACUACAUAAGGUGUGUAGCGGUACAUCCUACACUCCCAUAUGUGCUGUCGUCGUCUGAUGAUAUGCUCAUAAAGCUGUGGGAUUGGGAAAAGGGUUGGGUUUGUACUCAGAUUUUUGAAGGACAUUCCCAUUAUGUAAUGCAAGUGACAUUUAAUCCAAAAGACACCAACACAUUUGCAAGUGCAUCCCUUGAUCGCACCAUUAAGAUAUGGAAUCUCGGAUCCCCUGACCCAAAUUUUACUUUGGAUGCUCACCAAAAAGGAGUGAAUUGUGUUGAUUACUUUACAGGUGGUGAUAAGCCUUAUCUCAUCACCGGUUCUGAUGAUCACACCGCGAAGGUAUGGGAUUAUCAAACAAAAAGUUGUGUCCAGACGCUAGAGGGCCACACCCACAAUGUUUCUGCUGUAUGUUUUCAUCCUGAUCUUCCGAUAAUUAUAACAGGAUCUGAGGAUGGAACAGUUCGAAUAUGGCACUCAACCACAUAUAGGCUUGAGAACACAUUGAAUUAUGGCCUAGAGAGAGUUUGGGCCAUUGGAUACAUGAAAGGUUCACGCCGGGUUGUGAUUGGUUAUGAUGAAGGGACCAUAAUGGUAAAACUUGGUCGUGAAGUACCUGUUGCCAGUAUGGACAACAGUGGAAAAGUAAUUUGGGCUAAGCAUAAUGAAAUUCAGACAGUGAAUAUUAAGAGUGUUGGAGCAGAUUCUGAGGUUACUGAUGGAGAGAGACUACCUUUGGCUGUUAAGGAGUUGGGUACCUGUGACCUUUACCCGCAGAGCCUUAAGCACAACCCGAAUGGAAGGUUUGUCGUUGUAUGUGGAGAUGGUGAGUAUAUUAUAUAUACUGCUUUGGCGUGGAGAAAUAGGUCAUUUGGUUCGGCUUUGGAGUUUGUUUGGUCCUCCGAUGGAGAAUAUGCUGUUAGAGAGAGUACCUCAAAGAUUAAGAUCUUCAGCAAAAACUUCCAGGAAAAGAAGAGUAUUCGGCCUACCUUUUCAGCUGAGCAUAUUUAUGGUGGGGUUUUAUUGGCGAUGUGCUCAAACGAUUUUAUUUGUUUUUAUGAUUGGGCUGAGUGCAGGUUGAUUCGACGAAUUGAUGUCAAUGUGAAAAAUCUCUAUUGGGCCGACAGCGGUGAUUUGGUGGCUAUUGCCAGUGAUACAUCCUUCUACAUCCUGAAGUACAAUCGUGACAUAGUAUCUUCUUACUUGGAUAGUGGAAGACCUGCAGAUGAACUAGGUGUUGAGGAUGCCUUUGAGGUUCUUCAUGAAAUGAAUGAACGUGUCAGGACUGGUAUAUGGGUUGGGGAUUGUUUCAUUUACAACAACUCCUCAUGGAGGCUCAACUACUGCGUUGGUGGUGAGGUAACCACAAUGUUCCACUUGGACCGGCCUAUGUAUUUGUUGGGGUAUCUUGCAAGCCAAAGUCGGGUGUAUCUGAUUGACAAAGAGUUCAAUGUCAUAGGGUACACUUUGCUUCUCAACUUAAUUGAGUACAAGACUCUCGUGAUGCGGGGAGACCUAGAAAGUGCCAAUCAAGUUUUGCCUACUAUUCCCAAAGAGCACCAUAAUAGCGUGGCUCAUUUCUUGGAAUCACGAGGAAUGGUAGAGGAGGCACUUGAAGUGGCUACUGAUCCUGAUUACAGAUUUGACCUAGCAAUACAGCUUGGUAGACUAGAUGUUGCAAAGGAAAUUGCCUCUGAAGUGCAAAGUGAGUCUAAAUGGAAGCAGUUAGGAGAACUAGCAAUGUCUACUGGAAAGUUAGAGAUGGCUGAAGAAUGUUUGAAGCAUGCCGUGGACUUGAGCGGUUUGCUACUGCUUUAUUCUUCUUUAGGAGAUGCUGAAGGGAUAUCAAAACUUGCAGCCCUUGCUAAAGAGCAAGGAAAGAACAAUGUUGCAUUCCUUUGUUUAUUCAUGUUGGGUCGGUUGGAAGAUUGCCUUGAGCUCUUGGUGGAAAGUAAUGAAGUGUUUGCUGUCACUAUUUAUACUGUUACGCUCCCCUCUUUUGGCAGUAAGCGGAUACCUGAGGCUGCUUUAAUGGCUCGAUCUUAUCUUCCAAGCAAGGUCUCAGAGAUAGUUGCUAUUUGGAGAAAAGAUCUAAAUAAGGUUAAUCUAAAAGCUGCUGAAUCAUUGGCUGAUCCUGAAGAGUAUCCUAACUUAUUUGAGGAUUGGCAAGUUGCUCUUUCUGUCGAAUCUAAAGCAACAGAGACAAGGGGUGUUUACCCUCACGCAGAGGAAUAUUUAAACUAUGCUGAUAAAUCGCACAUGACCCUUGUGGAGGCUUUCAGGAACAUGCAACUGGAUGAAGAGGAGAGUCUUGAAAAUGGAGAUGCAAAUUAUGAGGUCACUGAACAGAAUGGUGAAGAGGCUGUUGAGGAACAAAAUGGAGAAGAUGGGAGUCAAGAGGAGGCUGUUGUAGUGGAUGAAGCUAUCGUAGCAGAUGCUGAUUCUACAGAUGGUGCAGUACUCGUUAAUGGUAACGAGGCGGACGAAGAGUGGGUGCUUACGCCAAACCACUAGGUCCCUGUGAAGAUUCUCGGUCCAGCCAUUUGGAUCCCUUACUUAGUGCAUUAUGUAUUUAUAUUUGCUGGGUGGUGGCGACAGAUCUCCUGGAAAAAGGCUAGCGAAGAGGUGAUUUUACGGAUCGAUUGUCUCUGUUACCAAGUGGCGUGGCUUUUAUUGCAAGUUGCAUGCAUAGCUUCAGUUAGUUUGCGUUUUUCGACUGCUAUUUUAGCAUAUUCUUUGAGGCUUUUCUUCCCUCCUAAAAUUUUCUUUAUGUCAUUGUGAAUGUAGAAAGAACUGAUCUAGCGAUAAUUACUCAGUUCAAGUUUUUUUUCUUUAUUCUUAUAAAAAUUUUAGUAUGUGCUCCACCGUAAUUGUAUUGUGGGAAUUUUUUUUAUCCGACUCGCGGA